AGAGACAAGACAACCACAACCAAACGGAAAACAAGGAAAACGAGGAAAACGAAAGGAAAACAAACCAAGAAACGAAAGGAAAACAAACCAAGAAACGAAAGGAAAACAAGAACCAAUGGACCAACAACUGAUCGACUUACUCAAACAGUCACUCGAUCCAUCAACCCAGCCACAAGCCAGGAGGAACCUAGACCAAGAUCUGAGGGUUAACCUACCCACCCAACAACCCCUAGGAUUCAUCAACUCACUCACCAACAUCUCAAUCAACUCAAACUACCCAUCAGACCUUCGUCUCAAUGCUCUCGUCCUACUACGAACCAUCCCAAUCGAUCCCUAUAAUAACAAGAUAUGGUCAAACGCACUCAACACUGAUCAACAACGUCAGAUCCUCAACCAGCUCUUCAAUGCAUUACUCGCACCAACCCAAUCACCAACCCCUCCAGAGAUCAUCAAUCAACUGGCUCGAGUCAUCGCCGACCUCGCUAAGAACUCACGCGAGAUCACCUUACAAUCAUCCGACGAAUGGUCCACCGUAUUAAGACCAAUCCUUCUAGCCCGUCUUCUUCCCCAACAACAACAACCUCCAACACCAUCAAAUCCGAUCCUUCAGACUGCCCUUCUCGACAUCUUCGUCGCCCUGCCAUGGUUAUUCUCAAGCUCACCAGUCGAACUAGAAUCAAUCGUCCUGUCAAGCCUCAGCUCCGAUCAUUUCCCCCUCAGAUUAGCUGCCCUCCAAGCGAUUUGUGUUCUCACCUUAGACCUCGAAACCUCCUUCGCUCAGCCAGUCCUACAAGCCAUUCUCCUACCACUCCCAUCCCAUCCCAACCAACCUGACCUCGAAACCGCUUUGACCUAUCUCAUCGAAUUCGCCACCUUUAACGAUAUACCCGAUCUGACCACCUGGAUCGAACCAUUACUACAGCUCACUCUCGAUCAAAAUCGGAUCAUCUCCACCCGGAGUACCGCCUUAGAGUGUUUGAUCACCCUCAUCGAAUCUCGCUCGCCAGCCUAUAACUUAGCCCCUAGCUUGAACUGGCUUAACCCGGUCUUUCGCGCCUUAGUCAAUUUGAUGGCCGAAAUCGAUGAAGACGAGCAUUGGUCUUCAAGUCUCGAUGGGGAUGAAGAAGACCAAGAUGCGAUUUACAUUCAAGCGGAACAGGCUCUCGAUCGUUUAACCCAAGAGGUCGCUAAAACUCAUUGCGACCAACUCUUCGAACUCAUCCUAUCUGCCGUUCAACCACCCCUUCCGGCUUCAUGGAAGGCCAAGCAUGCUCUACUCUCAGUCAUUGCGGUCACGGGCGAUGGACUUGCCGAAUCUUUCUCACUUGCUACUGAGCAGAUUUACCACGUCCUCCAAGCUGGCUUUGAUGAUCCUCAUCCAAGAGUAAUCUAUGCCGCAAUCUAUGCUAUCGCCCAACUUGCAUCCCCAUUGAAGAUCACCUUUUCAACUAAGCCAGUACAUCAGCAAGUCUUGUCCUGGCUUCUCCGAUGCCUCGAAAACACUUCCCAGCCACGUCUUCAAGCGUUUUCAGCAAAGGCGUUGAUCAACGUCCUAUGGGACGACGGAUUUCGCAAGGUCGAGAUCGCAGACGAGAUGGUCGGACCGCUCUUAGCCCGUCUGAUAUCCUUGUGCGAGUCGAACUACAGUGAUCGUAGAUCGCUCUCCAACAAAAUCCGGCUGGAUGCCCUUGACGCAAUCGGCAAGCUGUUCGGUUCUAUGAGUCAACAAGGUGCACUGGCAUUCUUCGACACCACUAUCUCCACUCUGCGAAAAUUAAUGGAGGAAGUCGAUCUUGCUCGCGCGGCCGCGAGAAGUGACGGGUGUGAGCUUUAUGAUGAAGAGAUGGACGAGACUGAGCUGAAAGUCUUUGAAGCGAUCAGUCGUCUCGCUAUGACAAGCGGCGAGCAAAGGUUUGAUGCUGAUGCAGAUUGGUGGGCUAGUCGAAUGUUGAACGUUUUAGAGUUACGGCCACAAGGACAAACCAGGAUUUUAAGCUCGUUGGCCGGACUCUCGGGUGGGAUGAAUGCUGACCGGUUUGUCAAUCAGGGAUUCCUGACAAUCCUCAUCGACCGCUUGAUCAAAAUUUGUCACGCAAAACCCGAUAUCUCGAUUUCCGCGCUGCUUGACGAUUGUCAUGAAUUUGAUGACCGACAAUGGGAAUCGGUAGUCAUUGGAGAACAAACCUUCGGAAUCAAAUCGGCAGAACUAGCUGAUAAGGAACUAUCGCUCAAGACGCUGAUUCUUUUGGCUAGUAACAUUGGCGCUCGGUUGAUUCCUCACUGUGAUCAAAUCGUCGCCGCCGUCAUUCCCUUACUAAAGUUUUAUUUCAGUGAUGAGGUUCGAGAGUCUGCAAUGGUGUUACUGCCUCUGCUGGUUCAAAGUGCCAAAGCGUCUGGCAUGGCCGUCCAACAAGUCGAAGGAGUAUCAACGAGCUUUUGCGAUUCAAUCAGGCUUGCAUUCAGUGCUGAGACAUUAGAUGCGGGCAAUCUGGCCGACAGUUUAUUGAUGGCCUGGGCGGAAUGCGCAGGAUACCAAGCCCCAUCGCAAGAGGAAGUGAAACAGAUGGCCGAAGCGUGUUGUGAGCGGAUCCGGCGGGUGAUAGCAGAUGGGACAGGUGGGGAUGAUGAGGAACGCGAGGAGGGACUCCGUCGUCUCUUUACAGGAAUCUCGCGCGUCCUGAGAAUCUCGGUCGGAAUGAAUCCCGAGUGGAUGUGGUCCCAUCUCAACGAGCGGGUCGUCGAUUGGACCCGGAUCGUCGAUCCUGAACCGUCGGCUAUCUCGAUCGGCUUGAAAAGGCUCGGCUUCCGUCUCGUCGGCGCAUUCGUUAAGUUUUAUUCCUCCACCGCCGGGCCUGAGUUGAUCGAAAAAGUUGGCGAGCAUAUCUUGCUAGGUUUCACCCAUCAAGAUGAAUGUGUAAGAGGUCUUGCUCCUUUUAUCGUCGGUUUAUGUGCCGAAAGGAACGGGGAAAGUCCCAAGCCAGUUUACGUGGAGCUAAUCAAAUCUUCGAUGAAUCUUUUGGUCACCGGCUUACAAGUCAACUCUCGCUCUACUGGCACUCGAGCCGGGACAUUUGGUGAAGCGGCUCAAGUCGCUCGAGAGAACUGUGUUUCGGCAUUGGCGAAGAUUGUUAGGAAUCCUGAAGGCCUUGUGAUCGAGGUUGAUAAAAUCUUGCCCCAAUGGAUCGAUGCCUUACCGAUCGAGAUAGAUGUAGAGGAAGUUGAACCGAGUUAUGGCUUGUUACUAGAGCUGAUUGCACGUGGACAUGAAUCGGUUGAUCCUACGAAGAACGAGAUUUGUCGGAUCGAGCAAGUCAUCCAAUCCCUCCUUUCGGCCAUCAUGAACGACUCGAUCACCUUCGAGUGCCGCAACUCUUUGUCGGUCGCCCUCAGGGCUUAUCUCUCUCAGCUCCCCCCUCAGAUCAUCGAACUCAAGAACAAUGGCCAGCUCCCCCAGGACUCAGUCUGGACUCGAUUGGACGACUUUUUGGCUGGUCACGCUCCCAACUCUACUUAAAUAUAUAUCAGUCUUUUGUUAUCCUUUCAAUUUAUUCAACAUGUGCUUAGUUUGAGCUUUAGAGUUUUUUUUUUUUUUUUGGUUUCGGAUUGGUUAUUAGGGAGUCACACUCCUUUUUUAGUUUUUCUGAUGUCUGUUGUCUUUCGGUUUUACGAAUUGAUUCAUCAAAAUAUCAAGAUAUUACAUAUCUCUCUUUUCCUUUCUGGCUGGAGAUGCUUGAUACAGAUCAAUGAUUG